AUGACGACUGAAUACCACGACGACGUGGAAAAUGACAACAGCUCCUUCUGGAACAAAGAGCCGGCUCCUGUCUAUUUCUCAGGAGUCUCCAGGUUCAGGCGCUGGUUGUUUCCAGGUCUGACGGCAACAAUCAUUCUGAUUCUGAUAAUCGUGCUGGGAGCCAGCAACGGCAAGACGUCCAGCUGGCUGUGGUCUGUGGAUCAAAAGGUGUCCAACCUGACCGGGUCCCUGAGCGCCGCCCAGCAGCUCACUAAAGAUGCAGUGAAAGACAUCCACCGCUUGAAGUUUUCUGUGGAGAGCAACAAGGACCAGCUGACCUCAGUGGCAGACGCGUUGAAGCAGUUGUCAGCUCUGGAUUCUCUCAGCAGGACGGUCGCUUCGCUCAAAUGUUCCCUCGAACGCACCAUCAACAAUGGUUCAGCUUCUGACGGCUGUUGUCCCCUGAACUGGGAGAUCUUCGCCUCCAGCUGUUAUAUGUUCAGCAGGACAACGUUGUCCUGGGACGAAGCAAGAGACUGGUGCAACGGACACGAAUCCCACCUGGUCAUCCUCAAAACCGACAAGGAGUGGGACUACGUCAUACAGCAUACCAUGGGAGCCUUCCACUGGGUGGGUCUCACUGAUGAGAGGACGGGAGAGUGGGAGUGGGUCAACCAGACGCCGUACAUCAUGAACCGAAGGCGGUGGAGACCGGGUCAGCCGGACAGCUGGACCGAUCACAACCUGGGUCGGGGAGAUGAAGACUGUGCUCACCUGCACAACGACGGGCGCCUCAACGACCUGCACUGCUCCAGCAAGAUGCGCUUCAUCUGCCAGGUCCACAGCCAGCGGAGCUGAUGGCCAGCUCCUCCGCCUGGCUCCGCCCACAUCCUCGGUCUCCUAGAUACUGUCUGAGACCAGCUGAUGACAUCAUGACGUCUGGCCAAUCACAGCCUCCAGAGUUUUUUGUGUUGG